GCUUUGAGCGCGACUAUUUUUCAUUCACGAUAGCAGGUGGUGGGGAAAUUGGACUUCAUUGGAGAUAUAUUUAUUUUAAUUUCGACAAGACACAACUAAACACCAUCACGGCAUGUUUUCGCCCCGUGGCACUCCUGGGUCUGGCCGUAGACAAGCCAGAACAGGAGGUCGAAAAAGUCUAAGCACUCCUGCCGGGCUUCUGUUUUCCCCUCGAAGAGCAUCGCUGCAAGCAAGAUCAACUCCCUCGCGGAUACCGACCCAUGGACCAGUCGAGGCGGUCAACUUCGAUGUGCAGACAUUUGGUUCCUCGCUACCUGUCAAAGUCAUGGAGGCACUUACCAUGGCAGAACCGGAUGAUCAGAUUUCUGUGAAGAUUGAGGAGACUGGCUGGGCCUGGAUGGUGUGUGGAGAGAGACUAGUUAUCUGGAAGAUUUGCCAAACUGCUGUCGCUAAGCUGUCAGUGUGCAAGGAUCUGCAGCUUCCUGCCAGUGAGUUUGCCUACACUGCCGACCUCAUCUCCAUCUCCUCCGCUAACCCCCUGGACAGCGCCCCCAUACAGUCCAUCAGCGUGCUGGCGGUGUCUCCUGAGGGCACAGCCCGGUUCUGGCCCAGUCUGGUGCACGAGGGCACCUACACGGAGACCAGCGUGGACUUUGGGGAGAACCUCUGCAACUUUGUCGGAGCAGUGAAGGGCAACAGCUACAUCGUGUCCUCCUACAAGGGUCAGAUGGUGCGGGUGGCAGCGGAUGCUUCCGGAAAGCCUCAGCAGCGGGUCCUGCUGCAGGGCCAGAGCAUGCUGUCUGGCAUCGGACGCCGCGUCUCCAGCCUCUUCGGCAGACUCGCCCCGCCCACAGACAUCACCGUGCACAGUGUGCUGUGGGUGGCUGAGACGGGCAGCUUGUACACGCUGACCUCCGGGGGCCUGAACAAGUGGGAGGUGGACGAGGCCGGCGAGCAGCAGGUGCUCAGCUGGAGUGGCAUCAACAGCCUGGCGGAGGGCGUCUCCGAUGCCAUCUGGGGAUCUGAAGCCAACUAUGAUGAGAUAAAAGCAGGUGUGAAUGUGGCCUACCUGGACAUGCAACUGAGCCAGGAGGGUGUGGUGGUGUUGGCUGCAGCCUGGCACCCGGCAGACACCCCCUGCCUGGUCUACUACUGCCUGGUCACGGUGCCUGACCGCAACCCGCUCACCGGCGAUGAGAUCUCUGUGGAGGUCACCAAACACAACCCAGCCUUUCAGAGUGAGGAGGAGAUGCACACCACCCACCUGGUGAUCCCCAGGGCCUGCAGAGGGGCUGCCUACCUGUACAACCAAGAGCUGGUCUUCACCUGCUCCAUGACCCGGGGACGAGGGGCCCUGCCAGAGGAGAGGAUCGCCUUCACUGACCCAGGUGACCGCCUGCGAGGCGGAGGGGUGUGUGCCAACCUGCCGGUGUUUUUCACCCAGAACAGCGGCCUGGUUGCCGUGGUACCCAGGGAGAGCGCGUCCAUGCUGCCUGAGAUGAUGGAGGACUCUCUCUGCUCCUCUGUGGCAGGACCCGGAACAGAGCCUGCCGCCAUGGAAGUGCCCAAGAUGGACGAAGUAGCACAAGAAGACAAGAUCAAACUAUUGAAAUCAGCUUUCCUGCAGUUCUGUCGACACGACUUGGUGGGUGCCCAGGCGGUGGUGGACGAGCUGUUUCCCAGCGAGCUGGACGGAGGAGAGGGGGCGGAGCUGGACGAGGUGGUGGCCCAGAUCAGCUGCGACCUGGUGGACGACUUUCCCGCCUCCGACCCCCGAUGGGCAGAGUCUGUGCCAGACGAGCGCGCUGGUUUCCCUCUGACCUCCCUGAUUCUACUGCACCAGCUGGAGGACAAAAUGAAGGCUCACGGCUGCCUUAUCGACUUCCUCAAUCAGAUGGGCCUCCUGGAGCGGCUGUCCUCCACGGACGUGCGCGGCUCCCCCAUGGCCACGCGGCUGCUGCUGUGCGAGCACGCCGAGAAGCUGACGUCGGCCAUGGUGCUGAAGAACCACCACGCCAAGCACCCGGACGUGGUCACCCCUGCCAUCGCCAGCGCCCUGCGGAGGAGCGCCAGCGAGGUGCCCCCCAGCCUCACUGCUGCCGACGUCUUCUUCAGAGAGGUGUCUGGUAUCUCCUCCAUCUUGGAGUGUCUCCUAGAGGAAGAGGAGAGGGCUCUGCAGGAGAACCCCGUUAACUCCACCAAGUGGGGGCAGAUCGUCAUCCACACCAACAACAUCAUCAAGGAUAUGCUGCAAGCGGCAUGCCAGUACAGAGAGAGCAAGAGCUCCGUCUACCGAGCAUCAGAGACCGCCGGUGCUGAGCCGGAGUACAUUCCAUGGACAGCGUCCAGCAGUGUGCGGUCGGUCCUCACGCGCCAGCACGAGGUCAUCCUCAAGACCGUGUACCCCCAGGCCGACUCGGAGCUGCGCAAUACCCUGAGCGAGCAGCUGGUGGCGCUGUUGAACUCCUACCUGAGCGGCUACCAGGCCCAGCUGGGCUCCCUCAACAGGGCCACCCAGACGGACAGAUGCAGUGCGCUGGAGAUGGAGUACACCCAGAGGCGCUCAGAGCUCCUCAUGCCACUACUGGAGCUGGGACAGUACCAGUGGGUGUCUGCCCUGGCCGAGAAGUACGGAGACUUCGACAUCCUGGUGCAGAUGUGCGAGAAGACGGAUAACCAGAGCAGAUUACAGCACUACAUGACCAAGUUUGCUGACCAGAACUUUGCGGACUUCCUGUUCCGCUGGUACAUGGAGAAGGGCAAGAGGGGCAAGCUGCUGUCCCAGCCCAUCGCCCAGCACCAGCAGCUGGCCAGCUUCCUGCAGGCCCACGACCACCUCAGCUGGCUACACGACAUUCACGUGCACGACUACGCCAGCGCCCACCAGACCCUGCACAGCCAGGCCAACAUGGAGACUCGCUACUUUGUGAAGAAGAAGACCCUGCUGGCUCUCAGCAAGCUCACGGCUCUGGCCUCCGACAUGCCAGAGGACGCCAUGCAGAAGCAAGUAGAUGAUAUCGUGGAGCAGGAGAGGUUUUUACUGCACCAGGAGACUCUGCCCAAGCAGCUGCUGGAGGAGAAACAGCUCAACAUGGACACCAUGCCUCUCCUCAGCGCACACAACCUCAUCAAUUUGUACAUCUGUGAUGAUAACCGGCGAGCCAACGAGUACGACUUCAAAAAGGCUCUGGACCUGCUGGACUACAUAGAUGAGGAGGAUGCGGUGGAUCUGGAGGCUCUGAAAUGUGAGAUCCUGUGCAAAGCCCUGAAGAGGGACAACUGGUCGUCUGCGGAUGGCAAUGAUAACCCGGUGGAGGCCGCCAAAGACAGCAUCUUCAUACGAAUCAUAGAGAAACUCAUUCAGGACGGUGUGUCCCUACAGACGUACCUGCCCGACGUUAAGGACCUGCUGCAGCUGGAGGAGAUGGAGGGCCUGAGGGCCAAGCCCACCUUUGAGUUUGUCCUGAGGGCCAACUACGAGCACUACCUACAGGUGCAGAUGUAACCGCCCCCCAAUACCUCACCCCACUCCUCCUUUCCCCACUACCUACAGGUGCAGAUGUAACCGCCCCCCAAUGCCUCAUAUCACCCCUGCAGUCCACACACACACACACACCCAAACACUCUUAAUUCCACCUCAUUUUGUUUUGUUUGUCGGGAGAUUUGUGGCGGUAAGAGCGUAUUUCUCAAAGUGAAGUAACGCCCAUUUUUCGCGGAUUGUACCAGAGUAACCAAUCACUAGUUCUAAGUGUAAUUCAUAAUUGGAUACACCGUUCGCAAAUGGGCGUCACUCGUCCUAGCAAGGCUAGGACUCUUCACUUUGAGAAACACCCAAAAGAGUGAAGUUUCAGAUGCUGAAAACCUAUGAGCACUAUCAGGUGGACUCAAACACACGUAAUUCAUCCAUUUUGAUCGAUUGUAGUCGUACAAUGUGAAGAUACGUGGGGCUACGAAUACUUUCAGGUGCAGAUGUAGACGCCCACACACACUUCUUCAGGGCCUAGUUUGGAGCUUCAUCUUCAGCUGCAGCUGUUAUACCCCCAUGCCUCACCUCUCCACACACUUUGACACACUUAGUUCCUCCCUCAUUAUGCUUGUAAUUCUGUAUUCAUAAGAGAUGUGUAUCCAUAACCGAUAUGAAGUAUAUGUGUCAGUUACAGCAUAGUGUCAGGUUUCUGUAAGCCAUGGUUAGCCACGACCCGACUUUCACUUUGGGGCGAGGGCCAACUAUGGGCACUAUUUUCAGGUGCAGAUGUAACGCGUCCACCAAACACACACUCUUGGAUCCUCCCCUCAUCUGUUUCUCCAUGAUGGAUAUGAAGACAUCUUAGAGUACAGAAGAGGAGUUUCCGAUGCCAGUGCAGCCCCCAACCAACCAACAUACACACACACACACACAUUUCUGCUCUCUCAUUUUGUUUGUCUGUUUGUUGUCGUAUUUUUGUAUGCAUCCUUUUCUUAAUAAAUAUUUUUGAAGAUA